GCGGAGAGGAGGACACACACAACAGAGGAGCAAGGCGUCGAGAGCAGAGAGGAAGGGCAGAACGAUGCGGCCGAAACACCCUUCAAAACGGCGAAAAUCGCCCAAAAAUGUGACACUGGUCGGGGUAGAUGACGGUGGAUAGACACGGCCUCGGAACUGGGGAUUCCCUUGAUGAUUCACAUAUUGCGUCAACGAAGAAAAGAGAUCACCUGACCCGAGCUCAAUGGGUUGACAUUUAGCCACCAUGGAGUCGCGAAUUGGGGCAUUCGGGUGAUUCGCACUGCAACGGAGAUCUUGAGACUGACUGUGAAGAUUUUCGAAUUCCGGAAAAAAAGAAGACUGCUCUACGCCAUUCAACUGGAUAGUGCUGAAGUGGAGACAGCGUUGUUUAACGUGAAGAUGGCAAAGUGGCAGUUAGCUAAAUUUUGCCAAGAUGAAACCUUUUUGACUGGACCUUUUCACUUGGAUUUUGGUUUUGGUUUUUUUACGACGACAUGGACACUGGAACACCUGUUGCUGGCUGUAUAGUGGACUUGAAAAAUAACAUUGUUUUUGGGAAACACAAAACCGUACAUUUGAUAUUCAAAUGUUGUUUUUAAAAAUAAAGUGUAUAUCCUCCUAUUUUUUUUCCUGGCUUUGUUUCAUUAGCUUAUUUACCAGAAAAUGACAAGAGGCUAUCUGGCGAAUAUUUUGAUAAUGUAGAUAACGUUGGAAGUGCAUUAGCUCGGUUAUUGGUUUUAAUAUUUCUGCUAAUCCUACAUUUGGUUAGCAUUGACUUCGUGUCACGACUCCUCAAUGUUUUCUUAUUUAGAAACUAGCAUACGUGCUUACGGUAAACUUCGCCUACUGGGUUGAUGAAACUCUUAAACUACAAAUUUUACAAAUUCUACAAGGAAAAUUAUCACUCGAUUAGUGAGAUAAAAGGAUAGUGAUUGAAAAAGAGUCGGUCCCAUUGGAAAAUCUUAAUCCAAUAAAUGGUUGAAGAAUGUAAUUAUUUUGGUAUGGUCUAAUGCGACUAUAAAAGGCUUUAGUCUAAACAGAAAUGGCUUCCAAAGGCUCUCUAAAAUGGCUUCUGGUUGUCCUUCUUCCUGUCUGAGCAGGAAGUGAUGUAAUUGGUGCAACAAUAAUUAUAUACUUUUUAAAGCCUCUCAGUAUUCUUACUUUCUUUAUGAAGUGAGAAGUAAAGGUCUCAACUUCAAGCCUGGGGCUGAGAAUAAAUGUAAGUUGAUAUAAAACCAAAUUUAAACAUAAUAAAAGGGGUGGGACUUCACAUCACCUGAGUGGGGUAAAUGGAAAUAACGUCAAUCAAAGGCAAAGCUUACAGAGCUAGGAAGGAGCUCUAGAUGGCGGCUGAGCCUUGGGAAGGGUGCCAUGGGCUUUCGUCAGACCGUUUUUCUUGCCCGUUUUUCGACCGAAACCGCUUGAACUUUUUGAAAAUUGAAUUGCUAUGAUAAUACGGUCGGUGUUUUAACGAGAAUUAAGGCAUUUUUGAGUGUUUUUCGGGCUGUUUUUUCGAGCUGUGCGAGUCGUCUGUGCAGAGGGAGUGCUUGUCGUUGUUUUCCAUACUGGGUUCUGGCAGCCAUGGCGCGCCUCCAUUUUUAGUGUGCUGCUCUCCUCCGUCGCUCUGAGUCUGACAGUAGAUGCAGACUUUAAAGGCCUAAAACCUUUUCAAAACUAGCCUCUUUUUUGUAAUUUAUUGUAUAGUUAUUACUUUUUUGUUAUUUUCAUUCGAGUCGGAUAAAAGCCUGUGAUAGAGCGAACGUGAAUCUAAUAGUUAAUGUAUAGCUUACCACCUUUUUUCACAUUGAAUUGGUCUGUUUACAUUGUGUAGUGAAUAAUUUACUUAUUUUCUCAUCCUUAAAUCUUAUUUUUCUUAACCUUCAUGUGAUGACGCAGUUAAAAUUAAUUGCAUGCGGCUUGAUCCGUGGACUAUAUUGAAAGACAUACGUUGGACAUUUAACGUAUUGUAGCAGCACCUGUAAUUUUUCUAAGCUAUAUUUUAAAUAAGCGAUGUAAAUAAUGAUACUUAAAUCUUUCGGAUUAAUGCCUUUUUCUUAACUCGUGUCGCAUCGCCAGGGUUUUAACUGCCAUCCGAGCAAAGGAAAUCUUGUGGGACUUUUAUGAUAGUUCAUCCUUCCUCUAACUUUUUGACAGCAAAUACCAGGACAAAACACCCUUUCAGAGAUUUUCAGGAUACUAUCAUGAUGAAGAAUAAAAGUAAAAAACAAGACGAUGAAGGAUCGACUCACAGCAAUGCAUCAAGCAAUUCAGCCUCAGAGGAAUCCCACCGCUCUGCGUCGGAGUCGGGGAGUCGGUCAGAGAGUGAGCAUGGCAGUGAGAGGAGGAGAUCCCACAACUCCGAGUCAAACAGCUCCUCAGAGUCAGAGAGUCGCUCAGAGUCAGGAAGCGAGUCUGCAGAAUCCAAAUCCCAACAAACCACAGCAGAAGUGAAAGACAAGCCAGUUAAAAAGAAGGAGCGUCUGGCAGAUGUGAAGAAGAUGUGGGAAGAACAUCCUGAUGUGUAUGGGGUCAGGAGGUCAAAUCGCAGUAGACAGGAGCCGGCUCGUUUAAACAUUGGAGCUGAGGGUAGCAGUGACUCGGAGAGUGAAAGUCCCAAGAGAAAAACAUCUCGAGCUAAGAAAAAAGAAAAUAUCUGGAAAGAUGAUGACUCAAAUGAUGAAGACGAGGAGGAGGAGUCUUCGGAGAGUUCAGACAGUGAGCAGGAAAAAGUUAGAUCCAGACGACUUCCUGCUAGAAGACCUCAGACCAAAUCCACUGCCAAAAAGCAGCUGUCUCAAAAAGGCAGAAAGUCCAGGAAACAAGAGUCUUCUGCUGAAGAAGAUGACGACGAGGAUGAAGAUGACGACGAGGAUGAAGACGACGACGACACUCCAAAGAGACAGACUCGAGGAAGGGGUGCAACAAAAGUCAAAAGCUAUAAAGAGGACCAACAUGACUUUGAAACGGACUCUGAUGACCUGAUCGAAAUGACAGGGGACGCAGGCGAGGAGCAGCAGGAUGAUGACAGUGAGACCAUUGAGAAGGUUAUGGACACACGGACGGGCAAAAAAGCAGCCACUGGGGCUUCCACCACUGUGUAUGCUGUGGAGGAAAACGGGGACCCGAAUGAAGGCUUUGAGCCUGAGAAUAAUGAGGGGGAGACUCACUAUCUGAUCAAGUGGAAGGGCUGGUCCUACAUCCACAACACAUGGGAGAGCAUGGACACUCUGAUACAGCAAAAGGUCAAGGGACUAAAGAAACUGGACAACUUCAUAAAGAAACACGAUGAGCUCACUUCAUGGUUGAGGAGGGUGUCCCCUGAGGAUGUCGAGUUUCAUAACUGCCAACAGGAGCUCGUGUCCGACUUGAACAAGCAGUUUCAGUUUGUGGAGCGUAUUAUCGCAACAAAAACAGCAAAGACACCAGGAUCCGCUGACUUCCCCUCUCACAGUCACAAGACUCCAUCCUCGGAUGAGCCAGAGUACCUAUGCAAGUGGAUGGGUUUGCCCUAUUCAGAGUGCAGCUGGGAAGACGGAGCUUUGGUUGGAAAGAAGUUUCAGCACUGCAUCGACAGUUUCACCAACCGACACUCCAGUAAAAACGUCCCCUCGAAAGAAUGCAAGGUGUUAAAGCAAAGACCAAGGUUUGCUGCUCUGAAGAAACAACCGUCGUAUAUUGGAGAUGACAACCUUCAAUUGAGAGAUUAUCAGCUGAAUGGAUUGAACUGGUUGGCUCAUUCCUGGUGCAGGUGCAACAGUGUUAUCCUCGCUGAUGAGAUGGGGCUUGGAAAGACAAUCCAGACCAUCUCCUUCCUGUCGUACCUGUUUCAGCAGCACCAGCUGUACGGACCCUUCUUAGUGGUGGUGCCUCUGUCCACGCUCAGCUCCUGGCAGAGGGAGUUCGAAACCUGGGCCCCGCACAUGAACGUGGUGGUCUACCUCGGGGACGUCAUGAGCCGGAAAUCGAUCCGUGACUACGAGUGGGUGAACCAUCAAACGAAAAGAAUCCGUUUCAAUGCACUAUUAACCACUUAUGAGAUUCUACUUAAAGACAAGGGCGUGCUUGGGAACAUCAACUGGGCUUUCCUGGGUGUGGAUGAAGCUCACAGGCUGAAGAAUGACGACUCCCUGCUGUACAAAACAUUGAUGGAGUUCAGGUCCAACCACAGGCUCCUCAUCACUGGCACUCCGCUGCAGAACUCCCUCAAAGAGCUCUGGUCACUGUUGCACUUCCUCAUGCCCGACAAGUUUGCUUCCUGGGAGGAUUUUGACAAGGAACACGGGAAAGGAACAGAUAACGGCUAUCAGAGUCUUCACAAAGUCCUCGAGCCCUUCCUUCUGCGACGUGUCAAGAAAGAUGUGGAAAAAUCUCUCCCUGCCAAGGUGGAGCAGAUCCUCCGUGUAGACAUGACUGCACAGCAGAAACAGUUCUACAAGUGGAUUUUAACGAGGAAUUACAGAGCCCUUUUCAAAGGCACCCGAGGCAGCUCCUCCGGCUUCCUGAACAUCGUUAUGGAGCUUAAAAAGUGCUGCAACCAUAGUUUCCUCAUAAAACAGCCUGAGGAUGUAGACUCUGAAACGCAGCAGGAACACCUGCAGAGUGUAGUGAGGGGCAGCGGGAAGCUGGUGCUGCUGGACAAGCUGCUGACCAGACUCAGACAAAGAGGCAACCGAGUCCUGAUCUUCUCCCAGAUGGUCAGGAUGUUGGACAUUUUGGCUGAAUACCUCUCUAAAAAUCGCUACCCAUUCCAGCGGCUGGACGGUUCUAUAAAGGGAGAAAUUCGAAAGCAAGCACUUGACCACUUCAAUGCAGAAGGCUCAGAGGACUUCUGCUUCCUGUUGUCCACCAGAGCUGGAGGUUUAGGGAUAAACUUGGCCUCGGCAGACACCGUAGUCAUCUUUGACUCUGACUGGAACCCUCAGAACGACCUGCAGGCUCAAGCCAGGGCUCACAGGAUUGGGCAGAAGAAACAGGUGAAUAUUUACCGACUGGUCACCAAAGGGACAGUGGAGGAGGACAUCAUUGAGCGGGCAAAGAAGAAGAUGGUUUUGGACCAUCUCGUCAUUCAGAGAAUGGACACCACUGGUCGAACUGUACUGGACAGCAACUCGGGGACCACAAAUUCAAACCCAUUCAAUAAAGAAGAACUGACUGCCAUCCUCAAGUUUGGUGCCGAGGAGCUUUUCAAAGAGGCAGAAGGAGAGGAGUCUGAACCACAGGAGAUGGAUAUUGAGGAGAUCCUGAGGUUGGCUGAAACGAGAGAAAGUGACCAGGGAUCAAGCGCUACAGAUGAACUUCUGUCUCAGUUUAAGGUGGCCAAUUUCUCCAGCAUGGAAGAGACCACUCAAGAGUUUGUGGAUAGGCCCGUGCGGGAAUGGGAUGAUAUCAUCCCUGAAGAGCAGCGACGCCAAAUUGAGGAAGAGGAGAAGCAGCGGGAGAUGGAUGACAUCUUCAUGCUGCCCAGAAGCAGGAGCUCUAACAAGAGGGCUCCGGUCAAUGACAGUGACAGUGACGUUGGCUCUAAGCUGAAGAACCGCUCCUCAGGCUCAGAGAGCGAGACGGACGAUAGUGAUGACGACAAGAAGCCAAAGAGAAGAGGCAGACCCAGAGCCCGAAAAAACAACGUGGAAGGUUUCACGGAUGUAGAGAUCCGCAGGUUCAUUAAGGCAUACAAGAAAUUUGGAUCGCCACUCGACAGGUUGGAGGCCAUCGCCAGAGACUCUGAGCUGGUUGACAAAUCCAUAGCAGACCUGAAGAGACUCGGUGAACUGAUUCAUACGAGUUGUAUGACUGCAGUGCAGGAGCACGAGGAACACCUCAAAGAGAACCCAGUGGAAGCCAAAGGUCCUGGGAAACGGCGAGGAAUUAACAUCAAGAUCUCGGGAGUGCAGGUCAAUGCCAAGUCCAUCAUCCAGCACGAAGAAGAGUUUGAGCCCCUGCACAAAGUGGUGCCCUCCAAUCCUGCAGAGAGAAAUAAGUUCAAUCUGACAUGCAGGGUGAAGGUAGCUCACUUUGAUGUAGACUGGGAGCUGCAGGAUGACGUUCAGCUCUUGCUUGGUACCUAUGAGCACGGCUUUGGCAACUGGGAUCUGAUCAAGACGGAUCCUGACCUUAAACUUGCAGAUAAGAUUCUCCCAGUCGAUACGAGCAAGAAGCCUCAGGCCAAGCAGUUGCAGUCGAGAGCGGAGUAUCUUCUCAAGCUGCUGAAAAAAGAACAAGACAAUGUGGACCUGUCUAAAACAGGGGACGAGGUCAAAGUGAAGAAGAGGAAACCUCGGGCGAAAAAGGAGAACAAGAUUCUCAAGGACGAGCAGGGCAACGACAUCUCCUCCCCCCGCCUGUCCGACAACCCGUCAGAGGAGGGCGAGGUCAAGCAGGAUGAUGGAACGGAGAAGUCCCCCGCCAAGAAAAGACAAAAGAAAAAGGACAACAAAGAGAACAAAGAGAAACAGGGAACUCCUAAAAAGGAGAAGGACGGGGACAAAGAAAAAAAGGGUGCCAAGCCCAAAAAAGAAAAGGCUAAAGGAGCCAAAGGGAAAAAGACUCAAGGUCCGGUUCACAUUACUGCUGGGUCGGACCCCAUUCCCAUUGAAGGAAAUGAGGAUGAUGAGCUCGACCAGGAGACUUUCAGUGUUUGUAAGGAGCGCAUGAGGCCGGUGAAAAAGGCCCUGAAGCAGCUGGAUAAACCAGAUGAAGGUCUGUCUGACCAGGAGCAGCUCCAGCACACUCGCACAUGCCUACUGAAGAUCGGAGACCGAAUCACAGAGUGCCUUAAAGCCUACAAUGACCCCGAACAUGUCAAAAUCUGGCGGCGAAACCUCUGGAUAUUUGUGUCCAAGUUUACAGAGUUUGGUGCACGGAAGCUUCACAAGCUUUACAAAAUGGCUCAGAAGAAACGAUCGCACGAGGAAGAGAAGGAGCAGAAGAAGAAGGAGGAUUCUGGAGGGCGGUCGAAAAACUUCCGACCGGAGCCCUGUGGUUCCAGCCGAGACUCCACGGGUACUCAGUCGUCCUCCAAACCUGGAUCUCACUCGACUCAGCCAAGCCCCCACGGACACCACAGAGAGUCGUACAACUCUGCGAACAAGCGCCACUUUGGCAAUGACGAUAGAGGAGACUGGCAGAGAGACCGUAAAUACAAUUACCCAAGUAACAGCAACCAGUCAUGGCAGGGAGAGCGGCAUCACACGUAUGAUCGCUACAAGGAUCACUAUGGUGAUCGACGUCCACAUGGAGACUCGUACCGCAGCUCGGGCAGUUACCGCAACAACAGCCCCUCUCGAAAAAGGCCAUAUGAGCAGUACGGCAACGAUCGGGACCACAGGGGUCACAGACCCUAUUAUGACAGGCAUUCAGAUCCCAAAAGAAGACGUCCUGAUGAAUUCCGUCCCAACUACCACCAGGGAAGGGAAGGCCCUCCUCAGGACUUCAGGAGGAUGCCAGAGCACAGGUCAACAGGUCCACCUGGGUCGGAGCACUAUAGCGCGCCCUUCCACUCGGACAAACCCGCUCCGCAGCUGGACCCUCGCUCCCCGCAGACGCAGAAGUCUCCCCAGGACUCCCGCUCUUCACCAGAGCGGCCUGUAGAGCCGAAUGCCUCGGCAGAUUCAAACUGGAACAACAGGAAAACAUAAAAGUAUGCCAGUGCUGGCUAAGAAACUGAUCUGGGUGUUUUAUCCAGGGUCAAAGCCACACACAUGCUGCUGAUGGACAAGUCUGGACUCGCCAAUCAUAAGCUUACAGUUGGAAAGGGAAUCAACAUAUAUCCUCUUUACCAGCAAAACUAUUUUUGCUCUUUCCCCCCAAAUGACUGGCUGUGAAUGAUGUGUGCCCUGAAGGAUAGUAUGUUUUCUUUCCGUCAUCUUCAAGAUGAAAAGAGAAGUAACACAAGCAUCUUUACUUAAAUGAAUUGACUCAAGUCAGUCAACCGUGGUAAGACUGAGUGGAGUGCUUAUGGAUGCUUAGUCCCAUGGACUAUUUUCUAAGGAGAAUUUAGGAUACAUGAACUGCUGACUGAUCUCAAUCCUAAAAGUGCCUGAAGGCUUUGGCCUUUCUGAAUGGUAAAUGUAUGGGACUAUUCCCAAAGGAAGCAUGACGUGGACAUUCUUUUUUUUUUUUUCGUGUGUGUUAAGCUUUAAGUCUGGCAAAUUAUGUCAUAUGAAGAUUUCAGUACAGGAGAAUGUGUUCAUCAUCUGCACCUUGAAAAUGUUAAUCUUGAACAUGUAGCUGAACUGAAUCACCACGUGGGUUUUUUUUUUUUUUUUUUAGUAAAUUCGCAUUGCUCAUGUGUACAAAUACUCCUUAUUUCUGUAAUUGUGUCGCUAUAUAAAUCACUGCAAUCCUCUUGCUUUGUUCACUUUUACCACUUUCCCUCUUAGUGGGCCCAAUGAAAUGGAAGCUUUGUAAGCAGUAUUUAUUGCAACAUGUGCAAAGGCUCAUAACACUAUUACUUCGAACAAUCCUUUAUAACUGCCUUUCAGUAUUCUGAUGGUUAAGAAUGGUACUUCAGUGUAGUUUCAUCAUUUCAUCUCUCCACCUACAAGUAUGUAAGUACUCAAGUCUGAAAAUACUAUGUGAUAAAACAUUUUCUUUCCUUAUCUAUGGUUUGGCAAAGCUGUUGCUGGUAGGUUGUUAAAGGGUUAUCAGGAAGUUGCCGAUGACAUUGCAUUAUGUUUAUUACCUUUGGUCACUCUACCUGUGCCAAACUUGCUCUGGCCCUCCCAAUAGUUAUUUUUUUUACGCUUGUCCAUUUGUGCCUUAUUUAUGUGUGUAUUAUCAUACUGUAUAUUGUUCAUGGACGGUACUGGGGCCUAACAAAGGCAGGAUGUAGUAUUACAGUCUAAUUUUAAGGAAAUUGCUCUGAAUGAACUGGUUAAGGGAUCAUGUAUUCUGGUAAUCACUAUGUGGUUUCCAAAACAGCUGAGGGAAAAGCGUAAAGAAUUGAUGCGUGUUUCGUCCAGGGCACUUAGUCGACCUGUUGCGUUGAACAGCCAGCGCAUCUUUUCUUCCAACGUUAAACAAGCUACAGUUCCUGUACCAUAUGCUCUUUAGGAAAGUCUAAAUCAUUUAUAUUUGUGACAAAACCACUCUUCAUGAGAAAUGUGCUGUACAUAUGUUUGGACAUAUGUAAUAAACUUUGUUACACAAUGAAAA